ACAGGUAGUUACGGCUCGGCUAAAAAUCAAAAGACUUUAAAGUUCCAUUUGCGUAACGCUCAUUCCUUGGACCAAAUGUUCUUUUUAACUGUCCAAAAAAAUCACUGACCGUGCAGCGAGGCGUUAACCAUGUUCGUCAACAGCGAUACAGAUAACGCGAUCUUCAUUAUAAACUGCACCUUUACAAGUGUUUUUUGCCUUCGUCGUGAAUACAAGGAUCUAAAGUCGAGUGUCCUGCUUGUCUUGGCCUUGAGUGACUGGUUGUCGGUCUUCAGUAGAACGCUCACCACUCUUACUCACGACAUAAACCUGUGGUCAGCUGCUGCCUGCGUGUGCGAACAACCUCAGGUUUUGCUUCAAACAGGUAAAAUGGGUUGUUUAUCAUUUACAUGCGCAAACUGCAAGUCACGGUUUAGAUAAAUGGUAAGCGAAAUUCAAGAGAGGUAAAUUUCUUCCCGGAAUCGCGUUCACCAUUGUUCAAAUCAGUUCCAUUUACGGAAAAACGGCCGCGAAAGCCUUAAGACAGAAUCCACCAGGAAAUUGAGUAAUUUUAAUUUUCAGUGGACAAAAACCUUGUACCAGAAUAAUUUAAAGCAUAUUGCAUUCUUUUUUACAUUUUUCAAACAAGGUUCUUUUUUUGUAUGAGCAUGCGCACUAAGACUUGAUAAAGAGCAAGCGACCAGUGACAGCGACCGUGGUAAAUAGUCAUAGGAACCAAAUUCCUCUCUUUGAAAGCUUGCUUAAGAUUCAAAUGGUAGCAGGAACUUAAAAAAGACCUUCUUUGUACAAAAUAAGUAAAGAUCUGGUGAUUUAAAGUGGAAACUGAUGCGCUGAACGAGGUGAAAGAGUAAGUUUCUCAAGGAUGGCUGAUACGAACAUGGCUGCUUGUUGUUGUUUGGCGCUCGACUCGUGUCUUGAUUCCCCUUCACGAACCGCAAAGUUUGGCAUAGAAUACAUUGUUGAUGGGUAGAUAUUGAAAAAAAUGUUCUUUAUUUAGUGUUUGUCUAUAAAUCGGAUGUCAAUUAGUUUCUCGAUGCCGUAGAGAAUUUCUGUCAAUAAUUUGUGGAUAGCUGAUUUAGCCAUAUUUCAGGAGUGGAUUAAUAACGAUCAGCGGGCGACUACCAGGCCGUUAUCAGUUACAAUAGAAAGGUGCUCCCUUAAGUAUUUUAGCAAUACAAAGUUUGUUUAUCGGAAAAUUGUAGAAGUUCUUGUUUUUGCGUACACUAACUAUGUAACGCAUUUCGCACAGAAGAUUUUUUAAACGUUGCACUGUUGAUUCCGAAUCAGAUUUCGAAAAUGAACUCAAAGUGAUUCAGUUUAUUUGUCGCUAAUGUGAUUUCUUCUAGUCUUUCAGAAGUCGAAACGCCGAAACACUUCUUCUGGUUUUAAGCCAUAUUCGAUUGUAAUCAAAAGUUAAAGGACAAUUUGGGAUUGCAAAAAACUCCGAACUAAAAACAAUACAAUAUAAGUAAGAAGUUAAAAUUACGCGACUGUGCAAAUCCACCUUUAAAAAGAUGAUUUGCCUGAGAGUUUAAACCAAACCAUUGGCCAUGCUAUGAUUCAGAAAGUCCACUUCCGGUUGACGUCCGUCGCUCAAAAACGCUGUUGCUUAAGUUCCCUUUUCUGAAAACGACUCUGAGUGUUGGUCCGGCCGGGAUUUGAACCCGUGACCUCCCGCUCAGCAGACCGGCUCUCUCCCAACUGAACUAACCAGUCUUGGUUAGAAGAACUUUUGUUUUUGUAAACUUUCGAAAAGUUUAGUAAGUUAAUAGCAAAUUCGAAACUUCUCAAACACUGAAAGUGAUAAUCUUAACUUUGAAGUUCUUUGCUUAACUCUAGCAAUGUUUUCUCUUUUGACCGCGUUGAACCUCCCAGCAGCAUGGUCCGAGUUGAUAACCCAGAAUCGACGCCAUUUGCGGGUGGAAUUCUUUAUAGUUAAAUUUCGUCGUUCCUGCUCCGAUAGGUUUUUCUCUGGGAUUUUUGGCCAACCUUUCUCCCAAAAACUAACAUUUCCAAACUCCAAUUCGAUUUGGAACUUUCGAACACGUGUUUGAACGACUCGGUAGAAGGGCUAUCGAGGUGUUUGGUGGGGAAAAGAAUUAUUUUCACACCGAUGUUUAAAACAUUUUUUGCCACUAACUGAUAAAAGAAAAAGGAGAAAUGGAAGAUAUUUUCCAUCUCUAAGAUUUUGUUAGGUCGACUUGAAGCGACAGGAAUGCUACAAAUGUACUCUACCACUUCCCCAAAACUAAACAAACAAUUUAAGGUAACAGUGAUCUCUUCUUCACAGGCAUUUUCAUUCUGAACCUCGCCAUAAUCCAAAUCAACACAGACCUAUCAAAAUUCAGCUCACCCAAGCGAAACUCCUACCUUCAUCUCGUCCUCUUCAACGCAGCAUCCUGUGUUCUCUCGAGGGCGAUAAUACAGGCCAUAGCAAUUACCCUGGACGAUUCUGGCAACAAUGAAGUAGCUGAAUACGUGCUGGGUGUCCUUUUUCUCUUGGGCAUUUACCGGACGGUGUUUCUGUCCUUGGACUGUCUGUAUCACGCAUACGCGAAUACUGAAAACAGAAAAACUUAUUCAUUAACUGACCACGCAAGACACGCAGAUAAGGUUGUAAUAAUCAACAUAUAAGGUUUGAGAGAAAUUGGGAUUGUUACACAGUAAACUGAAAAGAGCCAAUUUGACCCCAAAAAUGGGGUCGAAACGGGUGAGUCCAGAAUGGUACUGUUUUGGGGGCCAAUUCAGGCCCACUGAGAUGGGGCUGUUUUGGUACCAAAAUUUGGGGCUAAAUUGACCCUUGCAUCGGUGCCAAAUUAGACCAUGUAAAGGGUCAAUAUGGAAAACGCUAGGGCCACUUUGGAUUUUCCAGUAGCCAAAACAGCCCCCUCAAAUUUUGGCCCUCUUAAAAACUACCCCUCCAAAAGUAGCCGAUUCAGCCCCAUAUUGAGCCAUUAUGGUUUUUUUAAUUUGGGUGUGGGCCUACAGAUUUUUUUCCCUUGAUUAGGUAUUGACAAAUAAUGAAACCAAACUAAGGCUUAUUUCAAACAUUUAUUCAUUUCUGAAUAAGUUACUGUGAUCUGUGUACAUCAUAACAACGCGUAUUCCAACCUAUUUAUGUAACAUUAUCUUCGGUUAAUCUCA